UUCACAGAAAUUUACUGCUGCUUAUGAAACACAAAGCGUGCAGUCAGGGUCAUGUUUGCAUUAGCCUGCAUGUCCAUAGCUUGAUUCAAGAGAACAUCAUUUGGAAGAGGUGAGGACACAGAAUGGGAGCCACAGUGGUUCUCACAGCCUGUGCAUUGCUGUUUCAUUUUGGACAAACAUAUGGAGCAGUGAACAGAGGUCAACCCAUGAACCCAAGAUUCCAUGGAAUGUCCACAGAUGAUCACCAAAGACCUGUUGGCUUUAGGAGACCAGUUUUAACCCAGGAUGGAAAAGAGUGCAAAUUUCCUUUUCGUCGUGCUGGACGUCUGUAUUACUCGUGUAUAGCUGAAUCUUCUUCCACUAGGACUUGGUGUGCCACUACUCAUAACUAUGAUCGAGACAAAGAACGAGGCUACUGUUUGCCCAAUUAUGUAAAAGGUGUCUCGAAUCUUUGCAUACCUAAUCCUUGUGAAAAUGGAGGCGUGUGUAUCGAUGUACUUGCUGGUGCUUCUUAUCAUUGUGCGUGCCCUGAGGGGUUUAUGGGGACAAAUUGUAAUUUAAGAAAAUGUUUUGAUGAAGCUCACUAUGAAUUCUAUGAUCAUGGAGAUACCUGGGGCAGAAUACAUAAAGGUCGAGUGGAGAAAUGCAGUUGUCAGGAUGGUGCCAUAACAUGUCACACUGGAGAAAGAUACAAAGCCUGUAACGAGAACCCGUGCCUUAAUGGGGGUGCAUGUCGGUUCAUGCAAUCAACUGGACAAGCUAUAUGUGGAUGCAAGCCAAAUUAUGUUGGAAAAUACUGCAAUAUUGAUGUCAGUCACAGAUGCUAUGAUAAUGGAAUGGAAUAUCGAGGUACUGUGAAAAAAACACUGUCAAAUCAAACCUGUCUCAAGUGGAACUCUGAAUAUUUUGUUUACGAGUCUCAUACUGGCAAUAUCCAGAAUUAUGCUAUCAAAGGUUUGGGAUCUCAUCCCUAUUGCAGAGUACCAGAUGACGAUGAGGAUUCCCCUCCAUGGUGCUAUACUUUAAAACACAAUUCCAUAAUAUGGGAGGCAUGUGAUGUGUCUUCAUGUUAUGACAAAGCCAAAAGAAUAGUGACCCUUGCAGAAGACGUUGCAAAGCCAAAAUGUGGGAAGAAACAUGAAAAGAGAGUUUACCCAAGAGGUAGGGUCGUUGGAGGGACAGCAGCAAUGCCCGCGUCACACCCCUGGAUGGCAGCUAUAUACAUAGGACAAUCAUUUUGCUCUGGGACCUUGAUACACACUUGCUGGGUGGUCUCUGCUGCACACUGCUUUGCACAUAGCCCUCUGAAGACUAUGAUCAAAGUUGUUCUUGGCCAACAUUUCUUCAAUGAAACCACAGACGACACACAGGCAUUUCAGAUUGAUAGAUAUAUUUUUCAUGAUGAUUAUUCAGCGUUUAAGCCCACUGAUCAUGAUAUUGUUCUAAUAAGGCUGAAGAAGGUAAACAAUAUUUGUGCAAGAAAAACUCAAUUUGUCCAGCCAAUAUGCCUCCCUGACCCAAGCAUUACUUUUGAAGAUGGUUACGGCUGCGAUAUAGCUGGAUGGGGGCGCAUGAGUGAAGAUUCCACUGAUUAUUCACAUGUUCUUCAAGAAGUUUCCAUUCCACUUGUCCCUGAUAGCAAGUGCAGCAGCCCUGAGGUGUAUGGAUUUGAGGUCUCUGAAAACAUGUUUUGUGCUGGAUAUUUUGAAUGUUACAAAGAUGCAUGCCAGGGUGAUUCCGGUGGAGGUUUGACUUGUGAAAGGGAUAAAAUAUCCUAUCUCUAUGGAAUCAUCAGCUGGGGAGAUGGAUGUGGCAGAACUAACAAGCCUGGCGUUUACACAAGAGUAUCUAACUACGUUGACUGGAUUAAACAGAAAACAAACACAAAGAAAUAAAAAGAAAAGUCGUUCAAUAUGACAGUAUAUCAAGUUGUCAAAGAAAGAUUAUUCUCCCUGGCCAAACCUUUGCAUACAAAGUGCUAAGCAUGACUUAACCCCCUCCAUGGAGCAAAAGGAAAAUUAGCAAUGUGUACCGAGCAAUGUACGCAAUGGGUUAUGUGCAUAUCAUAAGGCAUAAUUUGUCAGUGUUAUAGCAGCUCUGAUAUAUUGUGUUGUCAAAUCUCUCUCCCGAAUGCCAUGUAGAGCAGUGUUUGUCAACUUUUUUACGAAGAAGUACCACUGCAGGUCUAAAAAACUCUGUCCCAAGAAAGUAAUUUCUAUUGAUUUAAAUUCCAAAUGAAAUGUGUAGAUACUGAUAUUUAACUUAAUUUCCAUAUUAGGGAACAAGCCUGAUUAAAGGUUGUAAAGAAUAUUUAAAAAGAAAAGUAAAAUAAAUACGACUUAAUGUGAA